GGCAAAACAUUUUAAUUUGACAAACACUUUAUAUUCGUGCACUUUCAACAAUCAUCAAGCAGGCCAGAAUGAAUGAAUGCCCCAGUGGGCCUGUUUUGGACUGCAGGCCUUAUAUUUGACAUCCCCUGACGUAGAGGGAUCAGAAACCGAACAAACCCAACCCAAGCAGAGAACUUGAAGCACUACAUGUUUAAGUUGAACAUGGAUAUUCAGACACUACACAAAAAAAGAAAAAAAAUCCAGCCUAUCAAAUUGUGCAUUCAUCAGUUUCAACCUAACUCUGUACAAUCUUGUCCUGUGUGUUUCAUAGCUCUGCUUCAGAUCAACAAUGGAGUUACUGGAUGGAAUGAUGGGGCAGGAAAUGGAGUUUGAGGGCUCUGCCACAGCUGCAGCACAUAAAAAAAACAUCAGCACUGACAUUGUCACCAACGUCACCAACGUUACAUUUUCUCCCUACUAUCAGCACUCUCUGUACGUGGCCGCAAGUUACAUCUUGGCUUAUUUCUUCAUCUUCCUGCUGUGUAUGGUUGGGAACAUCCUGGUUUGUUUGAUUGUACUGGAAAACCAUCGUAUGCGCACAGUCACAAACCUCUUCAUCCUAAACCUGGCCAUUAGUGACCUCCUGGUGGGCAUCUUCUGCAUCCCUACCACACUGGUGGACAACCUCAUCACAGGCUGGUCCUUUUCUAACACUGUCUGCAAGAUGAGUGGAUUUGUUCAAGGCGUGUCUGUGUCUGCCUCGGUCUUCACCUUGGUGGCCAUUGCUGUGGAACGAUUUCGCAGCAUCAUGUAUCCUCUGCAACCCAAAGCAACUGUACUCGUGGCCAAACUAGCCAUCUUCUUUAUCUGGGUGUUAGCAGUAGCGAUGAUGUGUCCUGCUGUUAUGGCUCUCACUGUGAAAAAAUUUCCUUCCCAUUACAUUGUCUACGAUGAUGACUUCAACCACACGCUCCCUGUUUACAUGUGCUACGAGAACUUUGACAAGCCCCAGAUGAGAAAGAUCUACACUGCAGUUCUGUUCGCUCACAUCUACCUGGUGCCACUGACCCUCAUCACUGUCAUGUACGGAUGCAUUGGCAUCAAACUGUGUACUUCUGUGGUGCCAAACAGAGAGCCGCAGUUGGAUAACGCCACUGUGGCGGUGGGUAGAAGAGCCCCUCAGCCAAUGAUAUCGCAGAAGAAGAUCAAGGCCAUAAAAAUGCUCACUCUGGUGGCUCUGCUUUUCAUGUUGUCCUGGUUGCCCCUCUGGACAUUAAUGAUGAUAACUGACUACGCAGGCUGGGACAUGGACCAGCUUGAUCUUCUGACCAGUUACAUGUUUCCCUUUGCUCACUGGCUGGCUUUCUCCAACUCAAGCAUCAACCCCAUUAUUUAUGGCUACUACAAUGAAAACUUCAGGCGAGGCUUCAAGGCAGUGUGCAAGUCCCAGCAAUUGUGUUGCAGCUUAGGAGAGACAACUGUGCAUCACCACCCUUUUGUUGUAAGGCUGACCAAUCGUGUUCAUAAUGACAACGAGCUCAAAGACACGGCUAAUAACAACAGAAGUGCACCAGUGGGCAACCCCAUGGUCCUCACACAGAGAUGUCCUUCAAACCAAGUCAUGGAAAUGGCAUCAUUGCCCAAGAAUAGCUCUGCAGAAUCAGAGAGGGUCGGCUCACUGGCUGUGUCGGUGCAUCAGGCGUGGGAAAACUGAAACUCCACUUCUAGUUCAAGAGAAUUUGGUAGAACCAUAGUGUUGUACUUUAUACCAGGUAAUCUAUAGUGCACUUAAAUGAGAUGUUUUUGCAUAGACCAUUUUCAGAACAAAAAGCCACAUGCAACAAUUUGACACUGUUUCACAGGGUGGGGUUGACAUUUAGUUCGUACUAAAAGACAACAAGAGUUAUUUUAGACAGAAUCAAAUGUAAUAAAUUUGAUGGGCAUACGGUGAAAGAGAGCUAACAGAAAUGCUAAUUUAUUUUUUGUUGUUAAAUAUUCAAAUAAAGAACAACAACAUUCUACUGGUUGAUCUCCUACCUAACCCAACCCACUUGUUCAGGUUUACUCUAUUGAAAGUCUAUAAGAAGUAAUGCACACCCAAAUGUAAACAUGUUGUAUUUCAAGCAAAAGAACAGUGUUUACAGUGGCAGAGUGAUUAGUUGUUGUUUUUUUUUUCAUUUGUUGUUUCUUUAUUGUUUAAUGUGAUUCUCAACGUGAUCAUUCAACACCUGUGUUUGAGAAAUGGCGAUUAAUGUCCGUGUGGAUUUGAUUCCCACAGGAACCACAUGCUUGAUUGUUAAUCCUCCUUUGUAAGUCGCUUCGAAUAAAAGCGUCUGCUAAAUGCAUACAUGUAAAUAAAACGGUGGCAUCGAAACACGAGUAUUGUGUAAUUGGAACAUUCCUUUUUAAGUAUUUUGUUAACAGUCUUGUGUAAUCAGUGUGUUGAUGUUAAACAUUGAUUUUCUAAAC